AUGUCCGAGGGGAGCAGCCGUAAUGAUGGAGGGCAUCGUAGGACCCGCUCCGCAAUGGUUUCCUCACUCCUACACUCAUCCUCCAGCAACUCACCCUCCAAAUCACAUUCCCGCAACGCGUCUGCCGCUGUAACCCCAAACUCAUCAACUCAGUACCUAACACCUGCGAACUCCUCGACCGCUUCAGUGCCGAAACGAAGCAUCUCACUUCGAUCACCAUCAUCUAAGCCAAUCACGGAAGAACCACCACCUUUGCCCUCGACUGCAAACACCUCUGCGACAUCGCUGAUCGGCGGCUCGGGAGUAUUAGUCGGAAAUGCGAAAAGCGUUGAGGAUACUGUUCGCACGUUCCGACUUUAUGAAGCGUUGAGGAAUGGAGACACUAUGGCUAUUUCGAAGACCAUCAGGGAGGGUUCAGUGGAUGAUGCAAUCAGGAGCUCUAUACUACAGUUGGCUGUGCAGUGUGCCGAAGUUGAGGUGAUAGAGUAUAUCCUGUCGACCACCACGACCGACGCGGCUACCCCGUCCGGAUUGCCAUACUUGGAUAUCAACCAUCGGGAUCCAACGACAGGUAAUACGCCGCUACAUACGGCGGCGAAGCUUGGAAGGGCAGAGGUCGUAUCGCUAUUAUUGAAGCAAGCAGAGAUUAAUGACAGUAUUCACAACUAUAAUAAUCGAACGCCAUUGGAGAUCUCAAGGACCCCGGCGGUAUUUCAGAUGCUACAGCUGGCGCGAAGUAUGUUUCUAGAGGAAACAAUCGAGAAGUUGACCCGACUCGUAGCAGAGCAGGACUACGAACGGAUCGAAAAACUUCUGGAAAUUCCAAGGGUGAAAGGGCUAUUAGACCUCAAUACCCUCGAACCACCUACUAAUGGCGGUGGAUCGACACUACUACAUGAUGCUGCCAGGAGGCGGGAUACAAGAUUAAUCGAGAUCCUCCUGCUGCACGGCGCGGAUCCGUUUAGGAGAGAUAACAAGGGAAAAUUGCCGCAGGACGUAACAAAGGAUGACAAAACGAAGAACAUGCUCAAGAAGAGCCCUGCUGCGCAAGCCGCUGCUCGGGGAAUAGAGGAGAGGGCUGUUCUUGGGAGUGCCGCAGAAGUCGCUGCUACUGGUUUGGCUACUGCGGGGGAAACCUUUGCGACUGGCAUCGCUGGGAAGGAAGGAAGGGAAAUGAAGGGGUACCUGAAGAAAUGGACAAAUUAUACCAGCGGAUACAAGCUCCGGUGGUUUGUGCUUGAAGAUGGGGUAUUGAGUUAUUACAAACAUCAGGACGAUAUUGGUUCCGCUUGCCGAGGUGCAAUUAAUAUGAGGAUUGCCAAACUUCACAUGGAUGCACAAGACAAACAGAAUUUUGAGAUCCAUGGCAAAGGAUCCGUCAAAUAUCACCUUAAAGCAAAUCACGUGGUCGAGGCCAAACGCUGGUACUGGACCCUGAACAAUGCCAUACAAUGGGCCAAAGACGAGGCGAGAGAAGAGGAGCGCCGGAAAGCCGGCGAGGCCGAGCGGAUGGGACGGAUGCGAGAGCAGCAACGUCAUGAGGACAACGACACAGCAUCUAGUCGCCGCGGCAGCGUUGGGGGAUCUUCGGGAGAUAAUAGAAAAACAAGCCUCCGUACCGGUAGCAGCUUUGUUGCUCCAACGGAGGGUGAGGAAAGUGACUUUUUUGAGCAGAGCACAGGCGGCCCGUCAAGAAAUCGUCAAUCCAGCCGCAGCCGCAGCGGUGCCUCUGGGGAUGAGCGGGAAGGCGACGUGGAUGAUGAUGACAAUAGCUCUAACGGACACCAUGAACCGCCAACCAGUGAUGCUCUAUCUCUAUUAGGAAAUUCCGCAAGGUUGCAGUUGGAUCUUCUUAGCCAAGUUGUACUUGCUGUUCAGUUCGAACAUGCGAAGAACCCCGACCUCACGCUCAGUGAUCCUCUGGUUACUGGAGCUCUGAGUAGUUAUGAAAGUGCUGUCACCAGUCUUAAAACACUUGUUGAGGAACUUCUCUCAAUGAGCAAGGAACGCGACUCCUACUGGCGGUAUCGCAUUGAGAAGGAGAUCAGUCUUCGAAAAAUAUGGGAGGAGAAUAUGGCUGUCUUGGCACGUGAGCAAGAAACUCUCGAGAGCAAAGCAGCUGGUGAGCGCGAAAAGAAGAAGAAGGCCAAACGUGCGCUAAAGGAGGUUCUCCGAGGAACUAGUGGUAGCGCUCCGUUGAGCCCUAGACUGGAUCACAGCACCUCGGAGAACCUUGAUGGACAACUGAAUAGUGUCGAACUUGCCAGGGUUGGUUCGGUGUUGAAGAGCCCGGUGCUUGUAGCGGACAGUGACAGUGACUCCGACGAUGAGGAUACUGACCAAUUCUUUGACGCAAUUGACAGCGGUGAGGUGGAGGUUGUUUCAGAGAUGCCAAUUAGUGUCAUGAGCCUUAAGAGCCCAGGACUUUCAGAGAGGAAUAUGGCUCUUGGCGAAGGGCCCGAAGGGGACGUUACAGAGACGGAAGGAGCAUUGGUGUUGAGACACAAGAAGUUGGUUGCUGUCAAGACAAGUUUUAAGGGUUAUGAGGAUCCGCCAAGAGCAAAGUUGAGCAUGGAUGCAGACGAUAGGCCGAAAAUUUCGCUUUGGGGUAUUCUGAAAUCCAUGAUUGGAAAGGAUAUGACAAAGAUGACACUUCCAGUCUCCUUCAAUGAACCUACAUCGCUACUUCAGCGUGUAGCGGAGGAUAUGGAAUAUACCGAUCUUCUUGACCUGGCUGCUGAUCGCUCCGACUCUACCGAAAGAAUGGUUUAUGUUGCCGCCUUUGCUGCUUCCGAGUACUCGUCAACCAUUGAUCGUGUCGCAAAGCCUUUCAACCCUCUUCUUGGUGAGACUUAUGAAUACGUCCGCCCUGACAAGAACUACCGCUUCAUGAUCGAGCAAGUCUCCCACCAUCCUCCUAUCGGUGCGGCAUGGGCUGAGGCCGAGAAAUGGGAUUAUUGGGGUGAAUCGGCCGUUCGAAGUAAAUUCUACGGAAAGAGCUUUGACAUCAACCCGCUCGGUACAUGGUUCCUUCGUCUCCGAACUCCUGACGGAGGAGAGGAAUUGUACACGUGGAAAAAGGUCACAACGUCCGUUAUUGGUAUCAUCACAGGUUCCCCAACAGUCGACAACUACGGUCUUAUGGAGAUCAAAAACUGGACCACCGGAGAAAGCUGUCAGCUCGACUUCAAGGCACGAGGUUGGCGUGUAUCAACCGCAUAUGAGGUUAAGGGACGGGUUUUCAACGCCGAUGCAAUUCAAGUGUGGAGCAUUGGUGGCCGAUGGAAUGAUAAAAUCUACGCCCGCCUCUCUCCAGGCCAGGAUCUUGCGGUGGCCCCACCUCCUGCUAACGGCGGCGGUGGCUCAAACCCUGCUUUCCUGGUCUGGGAGAACCACCCACGCCCACCAGCACCUUUCAAUCUCACCCCGUUCAGCAUAACCCUUAACGCAAUCCCUGAUAAUCUCAAGCCUGUACUCUGCCCUACUGAUACACGUCUCCGACCCGACCAGAGAGCGAUGGAAGAAGGAGAAUAUGACUUUGCGGCUACAGAGAAGAACAGGUUGGAGGAGAAGCAGCGAGCGAAGAGGAGAGACCGGGAGCAGAGUGGCGAGGAGUGGAAGCCAAGAUGGUUCGAGAAGGCGGUUUGUGAAGUCACUGGCGAGGAGUACUGGAAGGCGAAGGGCGAUUACUGGGGCAUGAGGCACAGUGGUGAAUGGAAGGACGUAGACGAUAUUUUCUAA